UCGUCGGUGUUUACUCAUAAGCUCCGACACUCAAUAUGCUGGAAGAACGUGAUUAUUGUUGAGCAAGGUAAAACUCGAACCCGCUUCUUCUCUCUUUCCUCCUUUCUCUCGCUUAUAUUUUCCCCUCUUUUUUCUUUUCCUCCACCACGGCUAAUGUUACCUGUCAGCAGUCAUUCAUCGAAAAUACAGUGCAAAAACACUGCUUAAGUUCUGGAAGUUUUCUAGUAGUGGUCAUUUCUGGACACUGAAUUUAGCUGAAAGAAAGUUUUAGGAGUUUAAAAGGAAGACAAAAGAAUAUUAAUUUGCACCUGUUUAGUUAUGAUAUUUUGUCUUACCUGGACGAGUUGGAUAUCGAUAGUUCGCUUUUGAGCAAUGUGGUAUAUAAUGGAGACGGUACAACGGUCGUAUGAAAUGUCUGAAAGACUGAUCAGGGCCAUCAGCAACUGGAACUUGGUGGACCAACCUUUCGAUGAUGAUAUUGAAGAACUAAUCAACAAUGGUGCCGAUGUGAACCAACCCCAUGGCUCUUUGCUUCCAUUGCACUGUACAUGCAUGGUCAGUGAUGCUGAGUGUCUGCAACUGUUGCUGCAAAAUGGUGCCAGAGUGAAUGACUUAGAUGGUUAUCUGAGGACAGCUUUGCAUUAUGCAGCCGAGAAAGACGAACAGUGCAUACUGAUCUUACUGCAACAUGGGGCAAAUAUAAAUGCACGUGAUGGCAGUGGCAAUACCCCGUUACACUGGGCAUCGUACAAGAACAAGAUUGAAUGUGUCCAGGUGUUAUUGCAGCAGGGAGCUGACCCUGAUGUCCGUAACGAUAACAGUGAUACACCCCUCAGUUGGGCCGCACUGAAGGGGAACCUCAAGAUCAUCCAACUACUACUUGAAUAUAACGCUGAUCUGUGCAACAGAAACACAAGGGGUUACACACCUUUAAUGCAGGCUGCCUAUGUCCAGGGUAGAGGGUUGAACUGUUUGGACAACACAAGUCUUGAAUUGUUAAUUAAAGCUUCAGGUCCGUUAGGUGUGCACAGUAAAUGUGUAGAUUUGAUUUCAGAGCUUUGUCAGGAUAGCAAAGUGAAGAAGUUGCUAUUGUCACUCUGUAGGAACCCUUGUGCGCUACAAAAUCUUUGUUGUCUGGUCAUACGUAAAGCCCUGGGUUACUGUUAUCUACCAGAGGUCAUACCUAAACUACCCCUGCCAACUCAAUUACAAAAAUUGCUCAUGUUGCAAACCUAAGCUUUGAGAUGGCUUCAUGACUUUUUUUUUCUUUUUUUUGACAAUGGUUGAACAAUGAGUGAGUGAGUGUGAUACAAAUGGAUGUGAUUUCUAUCUCUUCAUCUCUCUCUCCCUUUCUCUUUCACCUAUUACUCCUGCUCUCUCUUUUCUUUCCCAUCUUUGUCUCUCACCUCUGUCUCCCUUCCUCUCAUCCCUUUUUCCUCCCCUCUCAAAUACCAUUUAUCUUGCCAUCUAUUUCUCAUCCUGUUCUUCACAUAAACCCCGUAAGGAUCAGUUUUUCGCUCUCCCCCUCCCUUGACCCUCAUCUGGUUCCAUCAUUCCAGAUUCUCUUCAGGCUUCAUCUACAAUCUGCUACAAACAUCAUGUGAUGAAAGUAACCCCCAAUAAACUGAAGGGACCAACUUGUUUGCUUCUUGGUUUGGAUGGAUCAGAGGUGAUUUGUUGUAAGCCCUCUUUUUCUAAUAGCCCCUACUACUUUAUAUAUUAGGCCACUCUUCUAAGGCCCCUUUCUACUCUGUAUCAGAUAAAGCACUCUUCUAAGGCUCUUUCUGCCCUUUCUAAUAGAGCAACUUUCUAAGGCUUCUUCUGUCCUCUAUAAUAAAGCUCCCUUUUAAGUCCCCUUCUGUCCUCUAUAAUAAAGCUCUCUUCUAAGGCCAAUUCUGCCCUGUAACACACUCUUAAGGCUCCUUCUGUUCCUGUAUAAUAAAGCUCUUUUCUAAGGCUUCUUCUGCCCUCAAUAAUAAGGCACUAUUUCACUAUUCUAAGACCCCUUCUGUCCUAUAUAAUAAAACCCUCUUCUAAGGCUCCUUCUGUCCUAUAUAAUAAAGCUCUCGUCUAAGGCCCCUUCUGUCCUGUAUCAUGGAGCACUCUUUUAACGUCCCCUCUCUUGUACAUAUUAGAGCAGUCUUUUAAGGCCCUUUCUUCUGUAUAUAAUAAAGCAAUGUUAUCAGGCCCUUUCUCUUGUCUACAACAGCGUUUAUUGUAAGCCUCUAUGCAUGUAUAGUGAUUCCUUUUCUUACAAAAAACUGUUGCAAUAUAAAUGUAAUUCUGGCUUUGAACAAUAAAAGAAGAAAACAAUGUAUAGAUUUAUUUUACUUAAA